AUGAAACAUCCUAUCAUAUUACCGAAAGAUUCAACCUUCACCAAGCUUGUUUUGGACCAUACUCAUCAAGCAACUCUUCAUGGCGGUGUGCAGUUGAUGCUUGCAACAUUGCGAAGAACAUACUGGAUUCUGGGAGGACGUAGUUACGUGCGCUCAUUUGUACAUAAAUGUGUCGUGUGUGCUCGUCAUCGAGCCGCUACUUCAAAGCAACUCAUGGGUCAACUUCCUUUCAAUCGUACCAUUCCUUCUCGUCCAUUCUUACAUUCCGGUGUGGAUUAUGCCGGGCCCUUUAUUUUAAAAACUUGGAGAGGAAGAGCAGCAAAAACCUAUAAGGGUUAUCUAAUCGUAUUUGUUUGUUUCUCAUCGUCAGCUGUUCAUCUGGAAAUAGCGACAGACUAUUCAUCGGAAGGUUUUCUAGCAGCCUACAAAAGGUUUGUAGGUCGUCGAGGUAUUUGUGCUUCUUUAACAAGCGAUUGCGGUACAAAUUUAACAGGCGCUGACGCCGAACUAAGAAAACUUUUUAGGGCUGCUUCGAAGGAAAGCGAACAUAUAAUAAAUGUACUAGCUAAUGAUGGAACUAAAUGGCAGUUUAAUCCUCCAGCGGCACCUCAUUUUGGCGGAAAAUGGGAAGCGGCUGUCAAGUCCGCAAAAUUCCAUAUCAAGCGAACAAUUGGUGAGUCUCGUUUAACAUAUGAAGAAUUUUCUACCUUAUUAGUACAGAUAGAAGCAGUCCUAAAUUCUCGACCAAUUUGUCCACUUUCUGAUGACUCUGAAGACCUCGAAGCAUUAACCCCAGGUCAUUUCAUUAUUGGACAUGCAAUCAGUACCGUACCGGAACCCUCAUUACUCCAUGUUCCAGAAUCAAGGCUGUCACGUUAUCAACAUUUAAGACAAAUGUUAGAACGAUUUUGGCAGAGGUGGUCAAUCCAAUAUUUACAGCGUCUUCAAGAAUUUGCAAAAUGGCAUGAAGCUAUGCCAUCUCUGAAAGUAGGAACACUUGUUUUAGUCUUAGACGAGCGGUAUCCUCCAACAAAAUGGCCACUUGCCCGAGUAAUCGAAACUCAUCCAGGGUUGGAUGGACUCGUAAGAGUCGUCACCAUCAAGACUCAAUCAUCAACAUUGAAGCGACCCGUUGUCAAGCUUUGUCCCUUACCAGUCUACACAGAAGAUCAAUCAGAGGUUCAACGUUCUGAUGGAGACGUUGAGGUGGGCGGAAUGUUCAAAAUCUAG